AUGGCUUACUAUGAUUAUAAAAAUAGCUUAGACAAAAAGAAAAAAAAUUAUCCAUUAAAAAAUUUUGUUGAUUUAUAUGAAAUAAAAAAUAGUAUAAAAUUGGACAAAUGUGAGUCAAGUGAAAAUUGUACAUACAAUAUUGAUAUAAUGAAAAAAAAUAAUCAAAUAGUAUGCAAUUCAAAAAAAAAUAGAAAAAAUGAGAAUUGCCCUAAUAUUACUACUAAAUCAGUAUCCCCCCAAAUAAAAGUUUUUAACGAUAUUUAUAAAACACAUAUUAAAGGAUACUCUACUGAUUAUAAUAAUGAUGAAUAUAUGAAAAAAAAUAGUAAAGAUAAUAAACUUAAUUUUUCCAAGAAUAUAACAAAUUUGAAUAAGAAUAAAACUAGCCCAAUUUAUUUGUUUAGUAACAUAACAGACAAAAAUAAUAACAAAAUAAAUAUGUCUUACUUUGAAGAUAGUAAAAAAGAAAUGAAUUAUGACAAUAUAAUAAAUGAAGGUAAUAAUCAUAUAGAAAAAUUAAUGAAAAAUUUUAAAAAUAGUAAAAGAAAUGCUAAUUUAUUAUCUAUAUAUUUGGAUAACUGUAAAUAUGAUAUUAACAAGAAUAAUACUGAACAAAUAAAGUAUAAAAAAAUUAUGAACACAGCUAGCGAAAUAAGUAAAACACACACGAAAAAAAAAAAUAUUUAUGAAAGUAAAUUUCUUCAAAAUGAAAAAUCAGAAUAUGAUAAAAAUCAAAUAAAUAGCGAUACAUUUUAUCAACAUAUUAAGUAUGAAAACUGUAAUAUCAAUCGAAAUGAAUUAAAAAACAAUUCUCAUAAUGUCUUAAAGCAAAUUGACAAAAUUGAAAAUAUUCCUAACCCUUUUUGGAAUCAUAAUUUAGAUGAAAAAAAAAAUGAUAAUAAUAUUUUAUUUAAUAGAGGUGACAUAAAUAAAAAUAGAUACUGUAGCUUCCAGAAUGAAAGAAAAAUAUUUCCCGAUCUCCUAAAAGAUUAUGAAAUGCGAAGUAUAAAAACAUGUGAUAAUCUAUCAAACUCACCAAUGAUUUAUUUAAAAAAUAAAAGUGAUAUAUAUGUAGAAAAAAAUAUAUACAUUAAUAAUAAUGAAAAUAAUCAUCGUCCCUAUUUGGACAGUAAUAGACAUAGAGGUAAUCGAGUUUUCACUGAUAUAAUUCCACAAGUUAAAUUAAAAAAUAAUAUUAUAUAUAAUCCAAAUGUGGAUAUAGAAAUUAAUAAUCUUAAUAAGCAUAAUUAUAGUAAUUACAAUAAUAAAUAUGAGGAUAAAAACUUGAAUGAUAAUAAAAUGUAUUAUUUUCCAAAAAAAAAUAUUACGGAUCAUAUAAAAAAUAAUAAUUUUCAUAGAAUGGCAGAAGGAAAUAUAAAAAACAAAUUAGAAACUAAUUAUCACAUUAGGAAUGAAGAAAAUAAUGCCAAUAUUUUUGAAAAAAAAGAAGAUGAUGUAACUUAUAAUGAUUAUAUUAUGGAAAAAACAAAUGAAAUACAUAGUGAGCAUAGUUUUAAAAAUUUAAGGUGCUAUAUAAAUGGCCAUAAUAAUAAUGUGUAUGUGGUAAAAAAAAAUGAGCUUAGCAAAAUAAUCGAUGGAAAUUUAUGUGAAAAUAAAAAAAAUAAACCUUUCGAAUAUGGUUUAUCUAAAAUUAUUGAACUUAAUCAAAAUGAAAAUAAAGAUGCGUCUAAAUUUGAAGGGCUUAUCUCUGAUGGUAAAACGCAUAUUUUUUCAAAAAAUAAAGAGAAUUGUAAAAAUGAUUAUUCCGCAUUUAAUCCUAAUGGGAAUGAUGGAAACAAAGAAAGGGUACGUAAUGAUAGUCUCGAAAUUUAUCGUCAACAUGGUAAUAUAAAUAAGAAUUGUAAUAAAAUAAAAUCAUCUAAUAUUUCGAAUGUGUCUUCAAAUUGUUUAUUUAAAGAAGGAGAGAACAAUCAGAAUGUCAUUUCAACAAAUCCCCAUUUCCAAAUUGAUGAAGUAAAUAAUAAUUUGAAUUUACAAAAUGAAGAACAAGAAAAUAUUGAAGUGAAUAUUAGGGAUUACAUUAAGGAUACAAUGAAAGAUCAGAAAAUAAAAAACAAUUGUAGUAAUAUAAAAUGUUGUAUAUCAAACAAUGAUAGUUCAACAAAUUAUAUGAGCAAAUAUUUAAAUAAUGAAAAUAUAUAUGUAGGAACUAAUGGAUACAAACAAUAUGAUAAUAACAUUGAACCUGGGGAAUACCCAGUUGGCAGUGAAAAUAACAACCAUAUAUAUCAAAAUCAGUAUGAACAGAUAAAUUUAAAUGAUAUAAAUAAAGACAAACUAAUUUUUAGUAAUACAUUUUUUCAGAGCAUAACCAAAGAAAAUAUCGAACAUAAUUAUAUGAAAAAAAAUGAAAUAAAUAAUAAUACAUUUCAAGCUUAUAAAAUGAAUAAUUUAAUAAAAUUAAAUUCAGUACAUAUUCCAGUACUAAAAAAUCAGGCUUCAAAAAAAAACACAGAUAUUAUUCCUAUAGCUAAAGUAGAAAAGGUAGGGAAAGAAAAUAUGUUUAUGCUACCAUCUCCUGCUUAUAAUAAUAACAACAAAGGGAUUGUGAAACCGCUUUAUAGUAGUAAAACUAUUGUGAGCUUACCCCAAAUAAAUAAAGAAAGUAUUUCUGAUCCGUCAAAUAAAAGUAAGACUACUUUACCAUUUCCAAAUUUAUUAUUACACAAAAAUAAUAUUUUAAAUAAUCAUCAAUCAAUUACAAAAAUGAGAAAUAAUACAACAUUAAAUAAUGGUACAAGUUAUGAAAUGAUGCAAAAAAAUAUAAUUCCUAAAACGAGUUCUAUAUCAUAUGGCAAUAUAAAUGGUAAAAAUAAAAUGUUUAAAUUUAGUGAGCUUUAUAAUAAGGGACCUCAAAAUGGCACAAACACAAUAAAAGACAAUGAAGGGAAUAAGAAUAUACUAUUUAAUAAGACAUUAUAUAAUAAAGGCAAAUGUGAUGAUAAUAUUUUAGUAAAAAAUAAAUUAACAGUUUGUAAAUCAAUUAAUAAUAGUGAUAUAUAUAACUAUUUGAAAAAUACUAACAGUUUAAAAAAUUAUCAUCGCACAGCUUCAUAUAGAAAACAAAGUUUAAAAAAUGCUAAAUCAAUUACGAAAAAUAUAAAAUUAGUUCCAAAAGGUAAUGAUAUAAUCAGCAUGAAUCAUGAAAGACAAAAUAAAAUGAUGAAUAAUACCAUCGAUUUACAUACAUUUUAUUCUAGAUGUGAAAUAGAAUCUAUAGAUAAUGUUAAAAAAGCUGCUGUUAUUGGAUGUAAUUAUAUGGGGGAAAAAGAUUCAAAAGAUCGACUUCAUGGAUCAGUAAAUGAUGCAUAUGUUUUUAGUAGAGCAUUAAUUAAAUAUUUUAAUUUUUUACCUGAAAAUGUUUUGCUACUUAUUGAUAGUUUUCCAUCCAAUGCAUAUAUUUACGACGAUUUUGAUAUGAAUCGAGGAAAUUAUAUAAAUGGAAAAAAUGAUUACAAUUGCAAUGAGGAAAAAGUUGAAAAUAAAUACUUAUUUAAUUUGUUUAAUAAAAAAAAUAUAAAUGAUAAUAAAGAAAUGAAUAAUGAUUAUGAAAAUAAUAAUUCAUGUGUUGAUGUUGAUAUUAAAAAUGUCGAUUUAUCAUCUAAAAAUAUUGAUUUCAGUUUAUGGCCUACAAGAAUAAAUAUUUUGAAAGCAGUAAAUUGGCUAGUUAGAGAUUCAGUUCCAAAUGGUUCAUAUGUUUUUUAUUAUGCAGGGAAAAGUAUACAAGUUGAUAAUAUGAGUGGGUGGGAAGGGGAAGGAUAUGAUGAAGCAUUUCUUUGUUCUGAUCCUUUUAAUAGAGAUGAAGAAAAUAAUAUAUUAACUGCUAUUCAAUUAAAAGAUAUAUUAUUAAGUAUAAAUCCAACUGCUCAAAUGACUAUAAUUUUAGAUACAUCAGGUGGACAAACAAUAUUAGAUCCAGCGGGAACAGAAAACUCGUCAUAUAUAAAAGGUUGUAAACAAAAAGGUAUAUGGCCCAUUACUAAUCCUACGAAUAAAGUUCACAAAGCUAUAUAUGAUAUAACAAUACUUGAUAAUAGUUCUAUGAAAAAAUAUAUGUGUAAACCUAGAUAUUCUAAAUUAAUAGAAGUUGAUUCUACAUCUGCUAUGAUAGAUCCUUUGCUACAAUCUAUUUCUUCUUUCCCGCUUCCUACAAAGGCAUAUUGUUUAUGUGCAGCCACAUGGGAACAAAUUUCCAUCGAAGGAUUAUUUCCUAUUUUUGAGUUUGCAAGGGUAGCUCAAAAAAAAAAAAAAAACACACUCAUAAAACCGGCUGGUAAUAAUAGCAUAGAGAGGAAUAGAGAGGAUGCCCACAAUAGUGUAAAGAAAAAUAUGUACGAACCAAAUAUCGGUUUUAAUAUAAGUACGUUAUCAAAUUUUUUUACUGUUAAUAAUAAAAAGGAUGAAAAUAAUGCCUCUGAAAGUGUUAAGACAACAGAAAAUUAUUUACCAGACAAAAUCUCUGAUAAGUAUGAAGAAGAUAGUAUAAAUUAUAAUGAAAAAUAUUCUAUAAUAAAAGAUAAUAAUGAAUAUAACAGUAACAAGUUUAAUGGUAAUAAUAAUUAUGUGCUUGUUUUCCAUGGUGUGUUUACUUAUUGUCUAGUUGAGUCAAUUAUGGAAUUUAAAAAAAAAGAAUUGAAUGAUAAUAUUUUUGAAAAAGAAUUCCAGGAACAUGUCCCAAUGACAUUAAAAAAUUUAAUAAGUCAGAUUCAAAAAAAAAUCCAAAUUAUAAAAAAUACUAAAUUAAAAAAAUUAAAUCAAAAACCAGAAUUUACUAUACACCCAGGUGCAAAUGCAAGCAUUAAUAAUUAUUUUAUCAGUUAUUCAAAAAAUAUAAAUUUUCAUGAUUUUAAUUAUUUUUAUUUGAACGAAGAUAUGUCCCCAUUUUUAAAUGUUAAUAAAGCAUGGGAAGAAAUUAAUAAAAGAACAUUAAGAAAUAGAAAAUUAUUAUAUGCUACUUCAACUUUAGUUAAUACAUCAUCAAAAUAUCUUUCUCAAACUAAUAAAAUAAAAAAUUCAUGUUCACUAAAAUAUUAA